UCCGAGACGAGGUGAUUCACAGCAGCAUGGAACCUAUAAUUUAUCUUUUUAUCGUGAGCUGCUUGACAAGUUCAGUACGAUCGCAAUUAGAUCCAGAUUCAAUCAUCUUUCCGGAUGGUGAUAAUGAAUUGGGAAGUAGUUGUACUCGCGAUUCCGAUGGAAGCCUUGGGAUCUGUACGCACAUUAGAGAUUGUCGAGGAUAUAAUAGUGAUUCAAUGAUCAAUUUCUGCAGUCUAUCAGAUCAACUGGUAUGCUGUAAACUAAAAACACUCUAUAAUACCAUUGAUAAGAGAUUCGGUGAGGAAAACCAUACAACUCAAUCGUAUUAUGAGCAUGCUCCACAAGCUCUCAUUGGAGAACUUUUUGAGGAUGAACGAAGGAUUAAAUGGCGCUGUGGAGGAACACUUAUAGCACCACGAUUUGUCUUAACAUCUGCACAUUGUCUAUUUGCCGUGGAUAUCCCAACAUAUAUUCGUAUUACAAAAAAUGAUAAUGAAAAGCAAAGAAUUCAGCAAACGGAUGCGUCUAUUGAUAAUAUUUUCGUACAUCCUGAGUAUCAUCCUUUUAAGCUCUACUAUGAUAUUGCUAUUAUUCGACUCAAUAAAGCUGUAUGGGGAUAUCAGCCGGUUUUUCUGCCAACAUCUGAUAGUAGCAUCAACAGGGAGAAUCUUCGAGUAUCAGGAUGGCUAAAUUCUCCAAAUGAUCCCGAACAAUACAACUUAGUCAGUGAUUCUGUGAGAAUUUUGCCAAAUGAUAUGUGUUCAUCGCAUUUCCGACUUUCACAACUUCCCGAUGGAAUUAUUGAAAAUCAAAUUUGUGGCACCAUAGCAGACAAUAGUUCUCUUGUUCCUUGCUCUGGGGCUUUCCUUGGACCCCUAGAGACUGCAGGACACACAAUUUUUGGGAUUCCAUCCUUCACAUUUGGAUGCAAUAAUGAUCGUCCUUACGUCUUCACUAAUAUUGCAUCCUUUGCACCUUGGAUUAAGGCAUUGAUCGACAAUUAGUGCAAGAAGUGAUUUUAUAAUAUGUGGGUUAUUCCAAAACGUUCCAGUGACUAUCAUGGGAAUUCCUUGCCAAUACUAUUAUAUGGUAUUGUCGUUGUGAAGUAUUUAUUAGAGAAUUCUUACUAAUAAGACAUCUCAGUAUAGUAUUACAUUAUCUUUUUUACAUGUGUGCUUAUGUGAGACAUUUUCAAUAUAAAACUGUUGGAUGUGGACAUUUUUCUUUAUUGUAAUCUCGUUGGACGACAUAGACGCGUAUAAACCCGCGUGUUUAUUAUUAAUAAUAUACUUUUAAACAGGUUUGCAGUCUGUGUCGUGACUUUUUAGUAGAGGUGUUUGCUUCUUAAAUGCACAAAACAGAUUUAGAAUAACUUAAGCUGUGAUCCUGUGCAGAAGACUGCUGAGCA